AUGGCGCCGACUCCCCUGACCAAGCAGAUGGAGCAAGCUACCAAGAAGGAUACAAAAGCUGCCACUCCGUCCCCUAAUGGUAAGGCCAACCUUCUCGCUUCUGCUUUCGUGACCGCGCCUGGUUCCAAGAAAGCCAUGCAGGCGUCCGAGAACAAGAUGGGCGAUGUGGCCAAGAUCUACGAGCUCUCACACGCCGACCGCAAGAUCCUUGCUACCGGACCAAAGGUACAGAUCGUCGACAGCGAGGGCAAGCCAGUGGCCGAGAUGCCCAUCGCUCUUUUCCGUGCAGUCUCCGACAAGAAGGACAUGGUAGCUGGCCCAAAUCCAGUGAUCAAGCUCUCUGCAGAACUUGACGUGCGCAUGGUCCAGGACCUGAUCAAGCACUUCAACGAUAUUACCACCUGGAGCAAGUACGCAAAGGAGAUCCGCCCCUACGGAGCCCCGGGCGCCUACGAAGACCUCCAGCUAUGCAGCGCCGCAGACUACCUCGGCAUGAUGGCGUACACCCAACGAAUCUUCAACCGGUACUGGGCCCUCAUCCGCGCGGAGCGUCUCCCGGAGUACUCGGACAUCGACGCCUUUUCCACUGUCCAGACACCGAUGGGCGAGAACCUCUUCCGCAAAGUCGUGACCAAGCUCGCUCAGGCCGAGCUUGACGGCAAGAUCCCAGAUCCAGAAAAUUACGCCACCUACCUCGAGCACAACGAGCGUUUCGGGCUUGCUGUGACCGAAGCCAAGGAGAAGAUGCAGAAGCAUCGGGACUACGUUGAGCGUACGGCCAAGCGGGAGGCGAACGCAAAACAGAAGAAUGAUGCCGAUCAGAUGUGGUCGCAACAGCGGAAGCUGAAUGAGAAGGAGAAGGCGGAGAAGGAGAAGGCCAAAUGGGAGGCGGCGAGGAAGGCGGAGAGCGAGCUGGCGGCUCGUGUCCAGGCGAAAUGGGUGCAGCCGGGGAAGAAACAUUGGACUGCGGAGGAGGCGGGGUAUCUGCGUCGUGUUCGUGGGAUUAACGUGGCUAUCUAG